AGAAGUCUACCCGUUUCAGACGCAGGCUGGUUGUUAUCAAGCGAGUAACCUACUGUAUAUUCGUCAGUUUUGCUAAGACCGCGUGUAGUGAUUCGUCUCCAUCUGACAUUGGAGAUUCUAAAUGGAUUUAAUCUAUAUCCGUGAACAUCAAACUGGACAAAAUUUCAUUGAGUCUUUGUGAAUCUGUGAAUGCGUUUGUGACACUGAAAGUCUGAUUUGAUUCAAGUUCGGAAGUAUUCGAGAUAAUUAAUUUACGAAUAUUGCAGUGCCGGAUAAUUGGAAUUAUCUUACUGAUGCUUAAUGCAAUUUAAGUGUUGAUCAUACGUGUAACUUCUGAUAUAUUAUUGAAAGAGUGUCGAUGAUGGCUACAGUUGAACCACUAAGAUAGAACAAUUUUCAAGAAAAAUACAAAUCUAGGACAAAAGUGGUCACAGAUACAAUACGUCGAUUGGACCAUUGUUAUAUGAAGCAAGAUGGCUAUCUUCUACGAGAUACUUUUGGGCAUCGUAACUGUAUUACUUGCUUUGUAUUAUUACUUUACGCUGCAUUUUGAUUUUUGGAAGGUGCGAAAUGUACCGGGACCAAAGCCUAUGCCAGUUUUUGGUAACGUUUUAAACGUUAUGACAGGAGUAGAAUCCGUUGCAAUAUUUACAAAGAAUCUUUGUCGGCAAUACAAACAUGAACCAAUGUUUGGUAUAAUUAUGAGACGAACGCCUGUUCUCAUUUUGCAAGACCCAGAUUACAUUAAAGACGUUCUAAUUAAAAACUUCACAAGUUUCGAAGAUCGCGGGUUCCCGAUGAAUGAAGUGGCCGAGCCAUUGUCCGCUCAUAUUUUCGCCCUGGAAGCAAAAAGGUGGCGGCCACUGAGAAAUCAACUCACCCCAGUCUUUACAUCAGGCAAAUUAAAAGAAAUGUUUUCCCUUAUUCUCGAGUGUGCUAACCACAUGGAGAAAUACUUGGACAAUUUAAUUCAAAGUGGUGAACCCCUCGAUUCCCGCGAAUUAAUGGCCAGAUAUACGACCGAUGUAAUCGGCAGCUGUGUAUUUGGCAUCGAAAUGAAUUCUCUGUCAGAUAAGGAGAGCAAAUUUCGUGAAACAGGCAAAGAAAUCUUUUCCGCCAGUUUAUGGGCAAUAAUUAAAUUUAGAAUGAAAGAAUGCGUUCCCGCACUAUACGAUCUUCUGGGUUACGUGUUGCCAUAUGACGCUCCCACCAAAUUUAUGAGAGACGUUACCAUCGAAACAAUGGAUUAUAGGAUGAAGGACAACAUAGUCAGACAUGACUUUAUAAAUAUCCUUAUAGAACUCAGGAAACAUCCGGAGAAACUUGGUGACAUUAAAUUAACGGAUACCCUUCUAGCCGCACAAGCGUUCGUCUUCUUUGGGGCUGGCUUUGAGACGUCAUCAACCACCAUGAGCCACGCUCUCUAUGAAUUAGCACUGAACCAUAACAUACAGGAAAAAUUACGAGAAGAGAUCCUUCGGUUUAACUCGGAUAAUAAUGGAAGUUGGACAUAUGAAGUUACAAAAAAAAUGAUUUAUUUACAAAAAGUGAUUGACGAAACAUUAAGAAAAUAUCCAGUGUUGGCAAUAUUAACUAGAGACGCAACUGCUGAUUACACGUUUGCCAAUACAAAAGUAUCAAUUCCCAAAGGCACGAAAAUAUGGAUACCUGUAUAUUCGAUACAUAGGAACCCAGAUAUUUAUCCAAAUCCAGACAAAUUCGAUCCUGAAAGGUUUGAUGAAGACAUGAAAAAGACUAGACAUCAAAUGGAUUACCUACCGUUCGGUCAUGGUCCACGAAAUUGUAUCGGCGCACGGUUUGCCGAUUACCAAAUGAAACUUGGACUGAUCAAAAUACUCCUCAAUCAUAAAGUCGAUGUAUGUGAGAAAACACCUGAGUACAGGAUUCAUCCGUUUUCAUUUAUAACUAUGACCGCGAAACCAUUGUACUUAAAAUUUUCGCCAACGGAAACAAUGACGGGUUACUUGGAAAUUCUAUGCGCUGUGGGCGCUUUACUCAUUGCCAUGUAUUAUUACAUCGUUUCUCGGUAUAAUUUCUGGAAGAAACGUAAUGUAAAUGCACCACCCCCCGAAUUCUUGUUUGGCAAUACAAGACUAGUGAUGUUUGCGAGAAAGUCAAUCGCAGACUUAACAAUGGACGUAUAUAAGAAGUACAAAAAUGAACCAAUCGUGGGUUUAUACUCGGCAAUGACCCCUACUCUUCUUAUAAUUGACCCAGAAAUCAUAAAAGAUGUUAUGAUCAGGGAUUUUUCGAAAUUUGCAGAUCGAGGAUUUAAUGUCCAUGAACGGACCGAACCCUUGUCGCCAAAUCUGUUUAAUCUGGAGGCAAAAAGAUGGCGGCCGUUAAGGUCGAAACUAAGUCCGACAUUCACCGCAGGAAAACUGAAGGAAAUGUUCAGCCUUAUGAUAGAUUGUGGAAAACAAUUGGAAGAAUAUUUGGACAGUGUGGUUGAAAAAGAAGAAUCAGUUGAAAUCCGUGAGCUAACUGCGAAAUUCACGACCGACGUGAUCGGUAGUUGCGCAUUUGGAAUCGACAUGAACGCGAUGGACGAGAAGGAGAGCGAGUUUCGUCGAAAGGGCAGAGAGAUCUUUGCUGCCAGCUUCGAAAACGUUUUACGAUUAAAAAUCAAAUUAUUCAGUCCAACGUUUUACAACUUACUGGGAUACGUAGUGCCCGACAGAAAAUUGGCUCCCUUUUUCACGAAGGUUGUCAUGGACACGGUGAAGUACAGGAAGGAGCACGGCAUCGUCAGGCCCGAUUUUAUUCACAUGCUUAUGGAGCUUCAAAAGCAUCCAGAAAAGCUGGACAACGUCGAGUUUACAGAGACAUUACUAACUGCCCAGGCUUUCGUUUUCUUUGCGGCUGGUUUUGAGACAUCUUCAGCGGCUAUGAGUAACGCUCUUUAUGAAUUAGCCCAAAAUCAUGAGGUGCAAGAUAAGUUACGUGCAGAAAUUAGAGAACACCAUCGUAAAUGCGGUGGGAAUUUCAAAUAUGAAGAUAUAAAAGAGAUGCCGUACUUAGAUAAAGUAUUUAAAGAGACAUUAAGGAAGUAUCCAGCCGGACCAAUCAUAAUGAGAAAAUCAACAUCUGAUUACACUUUCGAGUCUUUGAAAGUAACGAUACCAAAAUCACUUGUCGUCUGGAUUCCGCUGUUUGCGAUCCAUCGGGACCCUGACAUUUAUCCAAAUCCUGAUAAAUUCGAUCCUGAAAGGUUUAGCGAGGAAGCUAUAGCAGCUCGACAUCCUAUGCAUUAUUUACCUUUCGGAGAUGGACCAAGGAAUUGCAUUGGUGCUCGAUUUGCAGUCACUCAAACCAAAGUCGGUUUGAUUACAAUACUUCGAAAUCAUAAAGUGGAUGUAUGCGAAAAAACGGAAAUUCCAUAUGAAUUCGAUCCUGGCGCAUUCCUCUUGCAGCCUAAAGGGGGAAUAUACUUAAAACUGAUGAAAGUUAAAUAAUAAUGUAUUUUGAAAGUUACACUUAUAACUCGGCUACCGUUUAAAAUUUAUCGUCAUCAAUAAUUGUAAUUUUCAAAAUAAUCUACACUUGAAAACAGUACAUAAUACAACUGUUUGUUAUAAUAUGAAAGUAUUAAUUUUAUAUUUGCUUUUUUAAUGGUCAACGUAUGGAAAAUUGGCUCCCUCACUGAUUUGAAUGAUUUUUGUAAAUGUAGAAAUCAAUGUUUUGAACAGCUUUUUCUUAUAAAUAGAAGUUACGUAAAAAAAUAUCUCGAAAACUAAGCGAGACUACCGGUUAUUUAUACAGGAAAAAGUUAUUAUAGAUAAGUUCUAGAACAUAGGAUAAAAAAUUAUCCAAGAUGGAAAAGAAACCUGUUUUCGAUAAAUUCGCCUUCUUAAUUUAUAAAAGAGUAGGUAGAAGAGUAGUUGCUGGACUGGGUGCAAUAAAUAUUUUAACCUUUAUCGGCCCAACCGGCAGUCCCACUAACAAACAAAAGUAUCAUAAAUAUAGUUACAACAAUAAAAAAUAAAUUAAUAUCUUGCUUCUUAGUACUAUUUUAUAAUUAUCUGGAAUUUACAAGUAUUUCUUCUUAUAAACAAGUACUUUAUGAAUAUUAUGCCGCGGCUUUGUUUUCCUCAUUGAAAUUAUCAGAAUUUAUUUUGAGUUAUUUGGCAAACAUGCUAUAAUAUGUUUGGAGUGAUAAGGGUUAACAAGUGAUUUUACAGGGCGAAGUUAUGAUUUCGGCUUUGUUUGCAAAUUAUUAAUCAGCAAACGUCUCUUUGUUCGAAGUAUAGUUUGAACUAUAGUAUACAAGUAUAUGCAUGUAAAAAGAUUUAGCUGUAACAAUCCAGUAAUUUCGUGUGUGUAUAGAUCAAUGUAUGUUUACUAAUAAGUAAGAUAUUAAGAAUCCGAACAGUCAAGUCAGAAAAAAUAUCGGACAGGUUUAAGCGAGUACUCGCACUAGAGAAAUGAUCGAAUAUCAUUUUCAAAUGUGAUCGAAGAUUUUAGCAUUGUGAUGCUAUAAUGUCAUAGUUAAGAUAUUUCUGGGAUCAUAUUGAUAAGCUCAAACUAUAAUAAGUCAUAUUUGUAAUAUAUAGGUAUAUGUACGUAAACGUAGGUGUGUGUUAUCCAUUGUAUAAUAAUGAGAUUUAGAAUUAGAAAAGGAGGUCGAUGGAAUUCAAUUUCCAUCCACCUCCCAGAGCUUCUUCGCAGCAAUCUCUAUGAUAUCUGGGCAAUCGAUAUUCCUCUCGAUAAGACGUUAUAAAUUCAGAGUAAUAUCGAGCAAAUGGUUGCAAAUUAAAAUAAAAAAAAUGUUAAGCUUA